AUGGCCCCCGCCACCCCCUGGCAUCGCUUGGUGUGGGGCGAACCCAGACAAAAUGCCAAGGAGUCUCUCGCUGAAGGAGAAAGCGCAGAUCGUCCGCGAGUGCCAGAGGCCGGGGGCCACUCAGAGCCAACGCGGGCGGGAAGGAAAAGCCCCUGCAGUCGAUCGGGCUCUCUUUACCUGGCUCAAGGAGAAGAGGGCGCAGGGGGCACGGCUGCUGGACCCGCAGUCAAGGAAAAAGCCUGUCAGCUCGCUGCUUCCCUUGGGCUGAACGAUUUUAAGGCAAGCGACGCUUGGUUUACCAGAUGGAAGAAACGCUUCAAUGUCGCCUGCAAAAAAGAGCAGGGUGGAAACCAGUCAGCAGGCAAACCCGCAUCUGAGCAAUGGCAGUGCGAAAACCUUCCUCAUAUCCUUGAAAAGUUUUCUCUGGCUGACGUCUACAGUGCUGAUGAAGCAGGGCUUUAUCUGAAAGGGCUCUGUGACAGAGGACAUAGAGAAAAUAAUGAAAAGCUAGAAGGAGGGAAAGCGGCAAAGGACAGGGUAACUGUGCCCGCCUGUGCCAACAUGGAUGGGAGUGACAAACGCCCACUGUUCAUGAUCGGGAAGUUAAAACGACCCCAGUGCUUUCCAGAGUUUUUCAGGAAAUUUCCCCUCAAUUAUGUCAGUUCAGCGAAUGCCUGGAUGACAGGUGAGAUUUUCAUCAAUUGGCUGAAAAAGUGGGAUCACCAGCUUUGCUGGCAGAGCCGUAAGAUAUGCCUCUUCCUGGCUAACUGCUCCAUACAUCCUCAAGGAGUGGUUCUCACUAACAUUCAGCUCGAAUUUUUACCCCCUAACGCUACAUCUUCGCUGCAACCUAUGGCUCAAGGUGUCAUUGAGAACAUGAAGGGACAUUACCGAUCAAAAAUCGCCAGCCGGAUUAAUGUUGAUCUUGAUGUGGACCCCAACGCAGAUGUUCAGACAGUCCUGAAAACUGUAAACUUGCUAGAUUGCGUUCAUCUUGUUGCUGAGGCCAGGCGAGAUGUAAAGCCGACAACAAUUUCCAACUGUUUCCGGAAAGGCAAAUUUGUUGUGCCAGAGGAAGGUGGGCGAGACGAGGAUAUUGCAGAGUCUGACGACCCCCUGAACGAUGUUCCACUUCCAGUCAACAUGGAAAAAGAGGACUUAGUAGCUGCUGUGGCCGUGGAUGAGGAUCUGCUCAUGUUCAGAGAGCUAAGCGAUGAGGAAUUACUGCACGCUGCAGCAAGGCCAGAGAAACGAGCUUGUGUUGAUAAAACGUAUCAUAAUCCAGAGGAUAAUCAAGAGAGUGAGGAUGAUUUUGAUGAAGUUCCACCCCCGACAAACUCUGAGCUGUUGAAGGCUUUGAACACACUUUGGCACUUUUUGCAGCUAGAGGGACUUGGGGACAGGGUCUACCGGGCUCUUUGGUACCUUGAAUCCCACCUUCAAAACAAAAUUGUGUCAGAGAAGAAGCAGAGCAAAUUAAGAGAGUUCUUGCACCCCAAAUGAGUGAGUUCCUCCAUGCUUCGUUUACAGGUUGAUACACUGAUGUGGAAUAGUACUUUGAUUUAGGUUGUUACAGUAUUAUUAGCUUAGCAGAUGCCCAUAUCCAGGGUGACUUACAAAACAUUACAGUACAUGCCAGUACAAAAAGUGUCUAUGAGGGGUGUUGUUUGUUGUCAUGGUUGAUGUUUGAUUGUUCUUAAAACAUAAACAGAAAAGUUGAUACUUUUAUAACUGUUAAUUAAGGCUGCUUUCUUGCUACAAUGUGGGCGUAGGCGACAAAUGCAGACUGGAGCCACUGUUCAGCAUGAACAGUACGUACACUAAUGCAGUCCUGUAGCCACAGCAGUAAACAUAGGCUGUAUUGUGUCAGUUCUAGGCUGUUUGACACCUCAGAAAAAGCGGGCUGCCUUUGGUCAGAUGACACUCCCCAUAACAGCAACAGCCUCUUAGGAGCAACGUAGCAAAAGGGCACCGAUAUGUUGCUACUAAUGAGCGUGUAAUGUCAGUCUCACUCUACUACUCAGAAGGCAGCCAUCUUGGAUGAGAGGAGUUCGUAGUGGCCAUCUUUGAUGAGAGCAGCCUGAGUAAGACAGAUCUUGGAUGAGGGCAGACCAACUAGGGCUUCGAGGGGCAUCCAUCUUAGAUGAAGGCGGAUUCUCUGAGGUCUGAAGGAGUGGCCAUCUUGGAUGAGGGCAGACCACCUAAGGCCUAGGGACAGCCAUCUUGGAUAAGGGCAUCCAGCCAUCUUGGAUGAGGGCAGCCUCACUGGGCAGCCCUCAUCUAAUGUGGCCUCCAUGUCCCCAUCUCCCAGCUGUGACUGUGCCCCAGUUUUGUCUGGCUCAGGCUGCCCAGGUGCUUGCAGGCUGUCCAGGGAGGCUGGGCAGGCAGCCUGAGGCUUGUGCCCAGGUGUCAGGGAACCGAGUUGGAGCCUAAGCUGCAAGUGGAGGCUGAUCCUGGUGGGGGGCGGCCCAACAGACCACGUGCAGCUGCAGGGCUGAGCCCGCAGGCCAGACUGUGGGACCGGAGCAUGGCCCAGCAGUGUUGCCUGAUUUUAGGAGAUUAAUAAUAUUGUUUAGAUAACAUGGGUUAUAGGCUCACCAAUUAAUCUGAUCAGAAGAUAAUAAGAUUCUUGUCCCAGAAUCAGGCUACACAGCAUGUGCAAGGACCCUCAGGAUGUAUGGCAAGGACACUCACACUGAGAACAAAAUGUAGCCUUAAAGACUUCUGUUGAGACAAAUGGAAUAGUAAUCAAAUAAUCAAUCAAUUACGAAACCAUAAUAUUGUUCUAGCAGUACAUGUGGUAUUAUAUACAAUAAAGGUUUCUCAAUUAA